AUGGAAACACUCUCCCCUUCAUUAUCCACUGCCACUCUCAGUUCCAUAUCCAAAAAACUCCCAAUCAAAGCUUCAAGUUUUGAACUUUACAACCCUAUAAAGAACAAGAACCACAUAAAAAACCGAUCUUUAUCUUCUUCUUCUUCUUCUUCUUCUUCUCUCAUUUCUUGCAUUUCUUUAUCAACAAAAGCAACAACAACAUCAACAUCUAGUCCUUUAACUUCAACUAAAACUAACAGCCAUUGGAUGGUUCUAAUGGAAAGCCCUCCAAUGGGUGUCAAUUCAAAGCCAGAAAUCAUUGAUUACUAUGUCAAGACUGUUGAGAGAGUAUUAGGCAGUGAAAAAGAUGCUCAAAUGUGUAUAUAUGAUGCUUCUUGUGACACUCAUUUUGGGUUUUGUUGUGAUAUUGACGAAGAUGCUUCCCUUGAACUUGCCAGGUUGCCUGGGGUUAUAUCAGUUAGGCCGGACCCGGAUUAUAAUUCUGUGGAAAAAGAUUAUAGUUUAGGUGUCAGGUUGAGUACAUUAUCGAAUCCACAAAUUGGAAGCAGGUUGUUGUUUCCUGCAGGGAAUACGAAACAUUGGCUGGUUAGAAUUGAUAAGCCAGGAGUUGGAGUUGUUACAAAGGCUCAAAUGGUUGAUUAUUAUGCUCAAAUACUAACCAAGGUUAUGGGGAAUGAGAAGGAUGCGCAAAUGUGUAUAUAUAAUGUUUCCUGGCAAUCAAAUUUUGGGUUCUGUUGCGAACUUGAUGAGGAAUGUGCACAGGAGCUAGCUGGUAUUCCUGGUGUUUUAUCUGUUCAGCCAGAUAAGAAUUUUGAGUCCGAAAACAAGGAUUAUGGAGGUUUGUCGCUUUUAGCACUACAAUUGCUGGUGAAAAGCCAAUGUGAUAACGUCAUCAAGUCUGCAGAUCCAUCAGAUUUUUCAGAAGCAAGUCAAAUGACUCUUGUAAAAACAAAGAAACUUUUUGUAACUGGCCUGUCAUUUUAUACGUCUGAGAAAACCUUGCGUGCAGCAUUUGAGGGCUUUGGUGAGCUUGUUGAAGUUAAAAUAAUAAUGGACAAGAUUUCAAAGAGGUCCAAAGGUUAUGCAUUUGUAGAGUACACAACAGAGGAGGCUGCAAGUGCAGCACUCAAGGAGAUGAAUGGCAAGAUCAUCAAUGGCUGGAUGAUUGUCGUUGAUGUUGCCAAGACCAGCCCACCGAGAUUCAGCAGGGGUCGGCCAAGACCUGCAGCCUGA